AUGAGGUCACCAUCUUUUGGUGAGAAUAGCCUCAAAAAAGGACCUUGGACUUCCGAAGAAGAUCAAAAGCUUGUCCACUACAUCCAAAAACAUGGCCAUGGAAGUUGGAGUGCCCUCCCUAAGCUUGCAGGCCUUAACAGAUGUGGCAAGAGUUGUAGGUUAAGAUGGACAAAUUAUUUGAGGCCUGACAUCAAGAGGGGGAAAUUUUCUGAAGAAGAAGAGCAAGCAAUUUUACAUCUCCAUUCCAUCCUUGGGAACAAAUGGUCAGCAAUUGCUACACGCUUGCCAGGACGGACAGACAAUGAAAUCAAGAAUUUCUGGAACACCCAUCUGAAGAAGAAGCUGAUUCAGAUGGGUAUCGAUCCAACCACUCACCGUCCAAGAACUGAUCUAUUUUCUAGCUUGUCUCAUCUAUUAGCCCUAGCUAACAACCUUAUGGACCAUCACACAUUACAAGCAGAAGCUAUUCAAUUGGCUAAUCUUGAUCACUAUUUACAAUAUCUUCUCCAAUCUGAUGCACCCUCCAAUUUAGUACCAUACGAUAUUACCCAAUAUGGCAACAAUAUUGCAGACAUGGAGGGUUUCAAUGCAUUGAAUUUGAUGUCGCCUACCCAAGAAAAAAACGACGUUUUAAAUUCAUCAGAUUUGGAAAAUAUUGCUACCUCUCAACUGCUCCACCAUCCUAUUCAUCCAAAUGUCCCUUUCGGUAAUUUCCAAACACCUUUGAAUAGUGAUGAUGAUGAAAUGAUGAUGAGCCAAGCUGCAGGUUUUAACUCUGCACUAGUCGUCAGCCCUAACUCCCCAAACCCUUGCUGGGCUCUUCUUCCAUCACCAACUUCUUCUGCUGAUCAUCGUCUUCCCGGCCUGACCGAGAUUUCGAUUACCAGUGGCGCUGCUAACCUUGGAGCUGGAUCUGCAGAUUCUUCAUAUUGGCAUGGACUAGUAUUUGAAGAUCAACCUUUCAUGCAUGAGUUGUCUUUAUUAGGUUAA